UGAAGGCUGACUGCACGAGUCCAGACUGAGCUAUCCAACACAUCGGAAAGCGUCGCCCGGCUGCGAGGAUGUUUUCAUAAUAAUGCGUGGCACACGUGGUUUAUCACCACAAUAUCUUAAAACUCGAGGGCGAUGAGAAGUCGCCCGGGGAGAAAAGAGGAAAAAUCUCGAGCAGGCGGGACGCGCGAGAGAGUCUUGAUGAAAAGCGCGAAGCGAUUUCAAAUUGCAUCGCGAGCGCGUUGCCACAGAUAAAACGCAAAGAUCGUCGUUGUCCGCCUGUCAUCUUAAUCGGGAACCUUAUCGUUGUGUGUCUUCAGCGAAGGAGAAGCGAUUACCGAGGGACAUAUAUGUUUCAACAUGCAAAUACCCCUCUACUGUGAAAGUUUGUCAUCUUGUGCGAGGGAAGGUACGGAGCUCGAGUUCAUACGCGGCAGAGUCGCGUCUAUUUAGUGUUGGAUUGUGUCUCGUUUGUGUCUCCAAGAUGAAGAGAAGACAAAAGCGCGUUCUGCAAAUGGCAUUUCUGUUUAUGGUGGCUUUAAUUUUUCUGCCUAACGUCGGGCUCUGGUCAAUGUACAGAGAGAAGACCCUUAUGAAGUCGCAUGAGUCUGGAGAACAGGGCUUCCCACUGGGCUUAAAUGAUGGUCACAUUUAUACCUGGACAGACGGUUUGAGAAGAAGAGACUGGCAUGACAACAAGAGCGCCAGGAAAGACGAGCUGCGUGUCGGUAAAGGAGAGCAUGGGAAACCAUACCUGCUUGCAGAGGACGAGUGCGAUGACUCGGUAUACAAGGAGAACGGCUUCAACAUCUACGUCAGCAACAAUAUCGCUCUGGACCGCUCUCUUCCUGACAUCAGACAUCCAAACUGUAAGCAGAAGCUUUAUCUCGAAAAGCUCCCAAACACCAGCAUUAUCAUCCCCUUCCACAACGAAGGUUGGUCCUCCCUGCUCAGAACCAUCCACAGCAUCACCAACCGCACACCGGACCACCUGAUCGCAGAGAUCAUCCUGGUAGACGACUACAGUGACAGAGAUCACCUCAAGGCUUCUCUUGAAGAGUUCAUGUCCAGAUUUCCCAAGGUCCGCAUUGUACGCACCAAGAAGCGAGAGGGUCUUAUCCGCACGCGUCUUCUGGGAGCGUCAGUGGCCAGAGGAGAAGUUCUCACAUUCCUGGACUCGCACUGCGAAGCCAACGUCAAUUGGCUGCCACCCCUGCUCGAUCAGAUUGCCCAGAACCCCAAAACCAUUGUGUGUCCCAUGAUAGACGUGAUCGACCACAAUCACUUUGGCUAUGAGGCUCAGGCGGGGGAUGCCAUGCGGGGAGCCUUUGACUGGGAGAUGUACUACAAGCGCAUUCCCAUCCCAUCUGAGCUACAAGGAACAGACCCCAGUAACCCAUAUGAGUCUCCUGUGAUGGCCGGAGGCUUGUUUGCCAUAAACCGGCAGUGGUUCUGGGAGCUGGGUGGUUAUGACACAGGCCUCGAGAUCUGGGGAGGCGAACAGUUUGAAAUAUCCUUCAAGGUUUGGAUGUGUGGAGGCAGCAUGUACGAUGUUCCUUGCUCAAGGGUGGGCCACAUCUACAGGAAGUACGUCCCCUACAAGGUGCCCUCAGGGACCAGCCUAGCGAGAAACCUGAAGCGAGUGGCAGAGACGUGGAUGGACGAGUACACGGAGUACAUCUACCAGCGCCGGCCAGAGUACCGUCACCUCUCCACAGGAGACCUGACUGCUCAGAAGGAGCUACGCAAACACCUUAAGUGUAAAGACUUCAAAUGGUACAUGAACAAUGUAGCCUGGGACCUGGCAAAAUACUACCCACCUGUGGAGCCACCACCAGCCGCAUGGGGAGAGAUCCGUAAUGGGGUGUCUGGUUUGUGUGUCGAUUCUAAGCACGGCUCUACAGGGACUGAACUGCGUCUGGAUACGUGUCUAAAAGAAGGUGCAGAGCGGACCUGGGCACAUGAGCAGAUUUUCACGUUCGGCUGGAGAGAGGACAUCAGGCCUGGAGAUCCCUUGCACACCAGGAAAUUCUGCUUCGACGCUAUUAGUCAGAACAGCCCUGUCACCCUGUAUGACUGUCACGGUAUGAAGGGAAACCAGCACUGGAGCUACAGGAAGGAUAAGACCUUGUACCACCUGGUGAGCACUGGUUGCAUGGACUGCAGCCCCGGCGAUAAGCGGAUUUUCAUGAACAAGUGCGACCCGCAGUCGGAAACGCAGCAGUGGAUCUUCCAGAGAGUCAACGCCACCAUUUUAGAUAAAUUCAACAGUGCCACCAGCUCAUAGGACCUGGAGUUGCGCUUAGCCAAUCAGCCGGCUCCCACACACAUCUCCCACAAUCCUUAGCACGUGGGCUUGGAUAAUCUUAGUGUAUGGGCUCCUCUCAAAGUUCUGCAGCAGACUGAGCAAGUGCAGGCUCUUCAGUGAGAGGACUCGAAACAGAGAGACACAAGGCUGGUGGAACACUUCCACAUGGAUCACCUUGCUGGUCGAGGAGAAUACGCACAGCCCAGACUCUCUCCGUCUCUCUUGCAGGAUCUUGUUGGCUCUAGUUGCUUCCUUUACGUUGAAAACAGAGCAACUUUAGGACCUUAAAGGUGAUGUUCAAUGAAAAAGAAUGUUCUGUAUCACUCCUUGAAGAUUGCAUGGUGGAUUUGUACAAAACCAGAAACUGUUUGCUCUUUUUUUUGUAUCGCUAUUUAUUUUUCUGAGAUUGUUUUGACCGUAUAUUUAUUUGUAUUUAUUUGGUACCUCUUUCCAAAUUUAAGUUAUGUGUAUUGGCUGGGUUUUAUCAUCUCUUGUACCUGUUAGAUAAAAAAAAUGGGUUCAGGCAGUGAUCUAAGUAAAUUAGAUAUUUCACGUUUUUUCAAUGGGAUCUAUCUUGUUACAGAGUUUCUCGUCUAUGAAUAAAGCAGAAAAGAAGUGGA